CACAUUACACAAACUGUUUCUAUUCAUUCCCUUGCGCGCUCUCGAUUCGCCAAAUUCUGCUCUCUUGAAUACAUCUUACUAAAAACUCCGCUUGUCCUUUUUCUAUUUUCUCUGUUUUCCUUUUUUUGAUUUUCGUCUUCCUUCCUUUUUGAUUCCCCAAUAGGCCAAUAAGCCUCCAAUUAGGACUUGUUUUCUUUCAGUUUCUCUCUCUAGACUGGGUCCAGAGUUCCUCUCGACCUGGGUCUUCGGCAAUCAACAUUGACUUGCUUAAAAUCAACAGUUAGCCGUGGGUGGUGGUGUACAAGGAGACUGAUCAGCUUCUGGGUUUUCUUAGUCGUCGAGAUAUGCACAAAAGACGCUGGACUUUGUCUCUCUAUUUUCUUAUCUUUCUUGAUCCAAUUGAGACCAUGACAGUUACAUAUAGAUCAUUUGAAGCUUGUAAAAGAGUGACUGCAGCACUUCUUCCCUCAAGAUGCAUUCAUAUUCUGAAUUCCAAAAGAGACUGAAGAAUGGUUCAUAAAGGUGAUUUGGUUGCUAUUGGAAUCUCUGUUGGUCUGGCCCUUGGUAUCUUGAUAGCUUCACUAGUAUUUUUCAUCGUAAGGUGGUACAAGCGGCGUGCUCAUCUUCGACGUUGUGCAAAUGAGCGUAGUUUGACCACUGUUCCAAUACGCAUAAAUGGAUUAGAUACAAGCACUGACUUCAGUGCAUCCCUGGCAAAUGAAGCAACUCUUCAGGGAACAGAAAACCCUCAACAAACUUCUCAGCUUUCUUGGUGGGGUAAUCACAGUAAAGAUCAGCUUGCUUCUGCGUCAGGCAUACCUCGAUAUUUCUAUAAGGAUGUUCAGAAAGCUACACAGAACUUUACAACUAUUUUGGGACAAGGGUCAUUUGGUCCAGUGUAUAAAGCAACAAUGCCUACUGGAGAAGUUGUAGCCGUGAAGGCUCUUGCUUCUAAUUCGAAACAGGGGGAGAAAGAGUUCCAAACUGAGGUAACUCUGCUGGGAAGGCUGCAUCACCGGAAUCUUGUCAAUUUACUAGGAUAUUGUGUAGAUAAAGGACAGCGCAUGUUGAUCUAUGAGUUCAUGAGCAAUGGGAGUUUGGCCAACCUUUUAUAUGACAAAGCAGAUCGAGUUUUAAGUUGGGAACAAAGGCUACAAAUUGCUCUUGAUAUUUCACAUGGAAUCGAAUAUCUACAUGAAGGGGCAGUGCCACCCGUCAUACAUCGCGAUUUAAAGUCUGCUAAUAUAUUGUUGGACCGGUCAAUGAGAGCUAAGGUCGCUGAUUUUGGGCUGUCAAAGGAAGAGGUCUUCGAUGAGCGCAACUCUGGCCUGAAAGGUACAUAUGGCUACAUAGAUCCGGCAUACAUAUCAACAAACAGCUUCACAAAGAAGAGUGACGUCUACAGUUUUGGUGUAAUCAUCUUUGAACUAAUUACAGCCAUCCACCCACACCAAAACUUAAUGGAAUACGUUAAUCUAGCUUCGAUGAGUCCAGACGGUGUCGAUGAAAUACUUGAUGAGAGACUUGCUGGAGAAUGCAAUGUUGAGGAAGUGAGGGAGCUAGCUAAAAUUGCUCACAAAUGCUUGCACAAAUUACAAAGGAGGCGUCCUUCAAUAGUAGAAGUUUCACAGGCCAUAGUGAAGAUAAGGCAGAGGAGGAGACUUACCAAGGAAGACACAAUGUCUUUCGCCAGAGACGAUUUAUUACGACUAGCAAGUCACAUAGAGGACCAACGGUUGGAGAUGAUUGAGAUGGGGAAGGAGGGUGAUUAACCGAUCACAAGAAUUUUUUUUAUAUGUAUAUCACUCCUUUCCUUUCCUUUCCUUUCCUUUUCCUCAAGUGAUAUUGAUUAUACCCAGUAUAGGAAAACCAUCAAUCCCUUUUUGCCUUAAAAGAAGGUUAAGCUCUCACCCCAUCCGUGGCUGAUUUCAGCUAUAUGCUAGUUGGAUGAAGUCUCGGACAUUCGAUUUUGACAGCAAACAAUGGCAUCAGAAGCAUGAGAUUGGAACAGCAUACUCUCUCAUCCAGGAUUACUUGCUUAUGUGUAUGCGUAUAGUCCAGCUAAAUCAGGACAAAGAUGCUAAGGAA